CGUCUAUUAUCUUACCUGACCUGAACUGAAAUUUUAGCCAGUCUUUGAAGACACUCAAGCAAACUCAGAUAGGCGCAUCUUUUUCAGUGAAGAAUGAUGUUCCGGAUUUUUUUCGCAGUCAUUCUCGCGUGCUGCAGCGUGGCCCAGAUACUUAAUAACAUUGACUCGCUUAGGCUCCAGAACCAGUUCCGGGCCGUGGCGCCAGACUCGGUCAUUACUGAGCUUUUGAUCUCGUUGACCUCGGAAGAAACGGACUUCAUCACAAGAAACUUGAACCACUUGCAGGAAUAUAACGGCACGCUGUGUGAAAAAUGUCAUUACAAGAUGAAGUAUGCCCAGCUGAUAUUGGAGGAGAAUCCAGAUAAGCCCCAUUUGAUCUCUUUGAUGCUUUAUGAGAACUGCCUCGCUUUGAAUGACAAUGACGACAGCUCGUGUGAGUUUUUGGAUUUCCUUGUCACUACAAACACCUACGACUCUGUUGCAAAGAAUGCCGCGUCAGGGCCAAGCAGUGCAUUUGAUUCGGCAACCUCAGUCAACUUCUACGAUAACGAUUUUCUUCUGUUGAUCAGAAACAUGAACGUGUCCUCCAACCUUACUUUGGACUACUACUGUCACUACAAGGGAAAGUACUGCGACCUCCCCGUCACUCCUGAAGUCUCCGAAAUCUUUGACUUGGACUCCAUGUGGCCGAAAAAAGAGGCCAAGUGCCACAAACAUCCAGAGUACAAAACUUCGGGAAAUGUUUUCAAUGUCUUGCACAUGUCGGAUUUCCACAACGAGCUUCGCUUCCAGCUAGGGGCUGAGGCCGAUUGUUCCCAGGGGUUGUGUUGUCUUCCAGAGUCGUACAAUUCGGAUUUGACCGACUCGAGCUAUAACUUCACAGAAGUGUAUGAGAGUGCAGGUGCCAGCCAAGACAUGGGUCUCUCUUUUUACGAAGGGUCCCACUAUGACGAGAACAACACCUUUGUGAAGGGUACGUACCAUGAUUUCCCGGAGAGCCGUGGCUGGAACUGGGCAUGGACACCCGCCUCCACAUUCGGAAAUUAUCAGUGUGACCCUCCUGAAGUGUUGCUAAACAACAGUUUGUUUCAAGUGAGCCAGUUUGCCGAAGAAAGAAACUUCGAGUUCUCGCUUUUUACUGGUGACAUCGUGGACCACGAUGUAAUUCACUGUGAUGCCAACGUGACCAAAUUUGCCGAAACCCGCUCGUACAAGAUCAUGAAGCACUUUCUUAAAGACAUGCCAAUCUUUCCCACUUUGGGAAACCAUGAUACAUUCCCGUACGGCCAAUUGGCGCCUUACCACUUGAACAAUGUCACGUUUGACGAGUCUACCUACCACUGGAACGAGGAUGAGAUGACAGAACUUUGGAUGGGCAAUGGCUGGUUUAACAAGUCGGAAAACACAAAGAUCACCCAGCAUUACGCUGGUUUCUCGACCACCACGUCCAGGGGCCUCAAGGUUAUUUCCUUGAAUUCCAAUUGCUACUAUCAGAAGAAUCUUUACUCGUACAUUGAUGUGGAGAAUCAGCCGGAUCUCUUUGGCCAGUGGAAAUUUUUGAUUGACGAGCUUGUGGAAAGCGAAAGAAACAACCAGCGUGUCUGGAUCUUGGCUCAUAUCCCAGCAGGAGACUACGACACCUUGCCAAUACAAUCCAACAUCUUUGCUAAGAUUGUGGAGAGGUUCUCACCGUACACGAUCGCCAGCAUCUUCUACGGCCACACACACAGAGACCAGUUCAAAAUCUUACAUUCAGAAGAACAGGUGCCUAUCAACAUGGCCUGGAUUUCUCAAGCAAUCACGCCUUUGGGUCCAGCCAACCCUUCUUGGAGAUACUACGAGGUUGAAGAUGAAUCAUUUAACAUCAUCAAUGCCUACAAUUAUUAUAGUCCUCUCAAUGAGACGUGGGUGAAUGGCCCUCAAGAACCUAAGUGGGAGUUUGAGUAUUCCCCUCGCGCUGCGUAUGACCCUGAAAACGAGUGGCCAGCAUCUGCUCCUUUGAAUGCGACGUUUUGGGACGAAUUUGUGCUCAAGAAGCUUGCAAACCUGCUGGAUGUCAGCUUCCACCAGAAGUACACUGAUUAUUUGUACCGGAUCAACCCGUACGUUCCAGACUGCAAGAACGGAUCUUUGGUGACAGGUGACUGCUAUGAGGACAAUUACUGCUACAACUUGGCAUUCGUUGUUGACGACUAUGACAAGUGUGUGAAUGCACAGUAGCUGAGGACUUAUGAUGACGCUCUUCGUGCAUAAGAAGUUGUUCCAGCACUGUAUUGAGUGGAUGCAUAUCUUGUUUAUUAGACGUAUGUUUUGAAUUACUGUGCAAAUCAGUCAGCGUGCAAGAGGCCUGGACUGUCAAAUGUGACCUUUGGAGCCUAGUAAUAAUAGA